GGGGGCCCGCAGGGCGAGGGCAUUGGGGGAAUCUCGAAAACAGGGCGCGAGGGGGGCAGCAGCACCCCUGUCUAGGUGGCUCUCUAUGGGUGCCGUCCGGGGUGGAGGCACUGGAGCCCCGGUCGGUCGGGUUCAGAGGGGCAAGGCGCCUGUGGUGCACGUCUGAGUCUGACCCGGGGGUGCGGCAGCAAGAUCGGGGUGCGCUUCUCUCCCCGCGGAGAUUGAAGGCUCUCUUCCUUCCCAGCUGGGCUGUCCCCUGCGGUCCGGCGGAGCUGGGCGCCAGCCCACUGAGCGCGGCACUCUGGACCCCCGCGCGGAGCCCUGGCGCCCGGACGCGGAGGCCGAGACUCCCUCCUGGCCUCACCCAGCCGUUUUCCCUGCUGAAGAGCACCCGAAGUUCUUCGGGAUGAGAGGGUCCCCAGGACUUGUCCACCCCACCCCCACCCCUGUGGCUGCACCUCCCCCAUUACCCAGUAGAGCAAGGGUUGAACUUUGGGGCUGCUGAGAGGGGGAGGGGAGGUGACAGACUUCAAAGCAAAAGUGUUGUCAUUACUUCCUGACAGGGGACAUGGAGCUCCCCCAGUGUGUGGAUGAGCUAGAGGAUGACGUGUUCCAGCCUGAGGAUGGGGAGCCAGGGACCACACCAGGGAGCUUGCUCUCCUCUGACCUGUUCGCCCAGAGCCCGAUGGACUGCUCCCUCAGCCGGCUGCAGCUCUUCCCACUCACGCACUGCUGCGGCCCUGGGCUUCGACCUGCCAGCCAGGAGGACAAGGCCACCCAGACCCUCAGCCCAGCCUCCCCAAGCCAGGGUGUCAUGCUACCCUGUGGGGUGACAGAGGAACCCCAGCGACUCUUCUACGGCAAUGCAGGCUACCGGCUGCCGCUCCCCAACAGCUUCCCUGCAGGCUCUCCCUUUGCAGAGCAGCGCCGUGAAGGGCAGUGGCAGCAGCGAGUAGAAGUGCAGAUCGCUCGCAAGCUUCAGUGCAUUGCAGACCAGUUCCACCACCUGCACAUGCAGCAAAGCACCACUCAGCUCUGGCUUAUGGAAAUGCGGAGGAUUGAACCCAAGGAUCUGCCUCAGAGACAGAAAGAGAGAAGAAGGGGAAAACAAGGCCUGCAACAUUGCAGAUGGGGACUGGGACUUGAACCCAGGUCCUCGAAUAUGCACCAGCAGAACCGAAAUCCAGUGUGGUGGCCGUUCCUGCUCUUCCUACACAACCUGGCUUUGAAUGAGGGAAAGGACAGGACUGCUGAUAAGAGCCAGCCCCAGAGGAACCCAGACUCUCUGGAUUCCUUGGAAACAACAUACCUCCUCCUCCUUGCCCCCCAUCCCUUUUUCACACCUAAUGGGGCCACAAGAAACAGCCCCCACAGUGGCUUUGCUGGAAUAACAGACAUGAGGGUGAGUGUCCAGCUGGGCUCACACUUCCUGUCUACUGCCUUUUCCAGCUGAAACAAGAGUGUGCUCUGGAACUCAGCAAACUCCCAGUUGCCUCUGAGCUACUUCCUUCCUCUUCCUGCUGUGGUGCUGAGGAGAGGCUUGGAAGCAACCAGUCUGGCAACAGAUGCUAAGGCUAUGAUAACCAGACACCUAGAAAAUAAAUUACUUUUGUGCAUAUGUAGAAAAAAAAAAAGAUGACUAUGGUGCUAAAGGUGAUGCAAUGCCCAAAGAAAAGAUGGCUUCUCCUGUGCCAGGGGCCAAAGAAAAGAUGACUUCCCCUAGGGCAAUGAAGACCCCAAGCGACUGGAAAAAAUUGGAGGCAUCUGCAGUGGGCUCUGAGAUUCAACCAAGCCUAAGUUCCUCCAGUUCUGUUGAAGGAAGCAUUGCUCUCCUGAUGCACAGUUGGGCAGGUUGUUCACUGCACAAUAGCACCUGCAGAGGAAGAUAAUGGGAGCUGAGGUCCAGCCUUUGCUCUUGGGACUCUCAUGCACAGCUGUCUGCCUGGAUGAUGGGGGCCUUUCCUGAUUGGCAUGAAGGUGCUGUGUAGGCUCUAAGUGACCCCUAGAAGGACUUUGAAUUGUGUCUUAGCCAUUGCUUUGUUCUGCUUGGAUAACCUGGAGGUAGUAUUACCUCUUCUUGGCCAGAAUUAAAUUCUCAGGGUGUGUACCAUGGUUCGUCUGCUGAAAUGAUGGGUUCUGCUUAGGAGAAGCAGCCCAGGGGGUAGGGACAGACACAAUGACUGGCCCUGGGAGACUCUGGCCAUAUGUACAUGGGGCCUGUGCUGUUCCCCACCUUCUGGUCCCUAAGGGUGAUGGUACAUGCCGCAGCUUACACACUUGAGGACCAGGGUCAUUUUCAGCAGCUGUGUUGAAUUGCCCUGGGCUGACCUUCCACCUGAGCUGGGUGCGAGAGCAAAUACUUGAUCUAGGUCUUGGUGCUGCAACCAAACCAUGGGCUUUGGAGACCUAGCCUGGCCCAGGCAGAGGCUGCCCUAAGACCUGUCCUCAGACCCCAGAGCCCAGAGGGCCACAAUCUGGAGCCAGGGGAAGGGUGUCUGGUUGCACUAUGUCCACCUUCUGUUAAGCAAGUCACUGCCCCCUCCAAAAACAAAACAAAAACAAAAGAGAGCAAGGGACUUGUGGAAGAGCCCUCAGGAGGAGAGCGCUCCCUGGGGCUAGCUGUCUUUAAUUGGCCUAGCGACCUAGACUGGCCCCGCCCCCUCUCUGGGGAGACUUGGCUGAACAUUCAGCCAGUCUGGCCUCAGGAGACUGCCCCAUCCCCGCCCCCCCCCCCAUCCGCUUGUCUCCUCCCCCCACUCCAGGAGCCUGGCUGCAAAGAUAGGGUGGAGAAGCAGAUUGGGAGGGAAGGAGGGUCUGUCCCAGAUCUUGACCUGUAACCCACUGGAGCCUUGCCUAGCCUUUAGGGUUUGCAGAGACAGAGGGGCUAGAAACAGCUCUCUAAUGAGGAGAGAAUGCCUGGUAUUAGGGGUCAGAAGGGUCUUUCUAAUUAGAACCCCAGAAUAGCAGUUUCUGGAAGCUGCUGGAAAGAGGACCCCUCCUCUCCUUCGCUGGACAUCUGACUCCCCCAGAAAGAAGGGAAGCCCAGUCUUCCAGCCUUUGCUUGAUAGUUUGGGUUGCUGAGAAGCUGUAUCCCCUUUACUGAAUCCUGGGUAGAAAAAGAUGGCUUCCUAGUUGUCCCCCUACCUGCCCCAAAGAGACUGGGUCUGUGUCCGAAGCUUACGUGGGACACAAUUUCCAGGUGCUCAGAGGACGCAGUAACUUUGUUUCACCAUUGUCCCCAGCAGCCCAGGGGCAGACAGGGAGCUCUCUGCCGUGGCUGGCCUGGUCAGGAACAAGGAACACCUACCUCCUGUCACUUUGGGAGAACAGGAAGGGCUAAGGGAGAGUAGGGGACAAUAGAAGCAGAGGACUUGGGUUGCCCUCAGAGACAAUUAGGGAGAACUGUGAGCCUCAAGGAACAGCAGAGAAAGCAAAGUUCUUCCAUAGAUGCCUUGCAGCCAAAGGUGCUUGGAGCUAUCUAGGCUGUCUGCUCUAUGAGCAGCUUGGCACCCCAACCCUGGCUUCCAGGGGCUCUAGGGGGAGACCCAGUAACAAUGUAGCAUUUUGUUCACUGGGGGGAGGGGUUCAUGCCUCUGCAGGGUAAUGGGGAAGAAUAGACCUAAUUUUUAAAAAUCUGUACAGAAUAUUUGACUUUUUCCUCUUCACAUGCCUAUGUGUGUAUUUAUCUUUCCUCCUGUUGGUACAAUUUUUAAUAAAAACUGUUUAAGGCAA